CGCGGGACCCUUUUGGGGUUCCCUCCCCCUGGAUUCCCCGACACACGUACAUGUAGAAGAACUAGAAGCCCGUACCCCCCUGGUCAUCUCUCCACUCCACACCCCCGGGCACCCUCUGGCUCUGUUUCCUGGGGCAUCAGACAACUGCAGGUGGUUGCCUUCGGGAAUUAGGACAACAUUGCAUCAUGACGCAUCGGCGGGCGCAAGCCACGCAAAAGCACGCGGGACAAGGCCAUUUCUCGACACUCCUGAUUUUUCUUUUCCCUCGCUUCUGGCGGCGAGCGGACGUGGCGGCACCACUCCACUCGCAAUGGUUUGUCAUUAGUUCCAGGAUUCCAGGACACGACAGCAAUGAGCAAUCUUCGAAGGCGUCUCGCAAAACGAUUCCGUGCUCUGUGGCCGUAAUUGUGGGCGGCUUUUUUGGCUCCUCCGGGGUACCAGCGGGCCAAUCACGGAGGCUGCCGGCCGGCGCGGCCAGUGCGGGUCCCACAGAACGGAGGACGAGACAAGGGCCGUUGCCGUUGGGAACGGGGAUACGUACCGCGUUUGUGCCGAAGAGGCAGAAGACACCAACAGGGGUGUGUUUUUUGGGAGGGUUUUUUUUUUUUUGGGUACAUGUCACUGUCACUGUCACUGUUGAUGUUGAUGUUGAUGUUGACGGGAAAAGGGAUGCUUAGAGUAACGUAACCAGCGGCUGGGCCACUCGCGAAGCGGACAGAGGAUCAGUCUCGGAAGAUCGGCCAUGGGUAUCUUUGCACAUGUCUGAGACGGUGCAUCAACGGAGACCUCUGUGGCUUGGUCGGUCUGCGAUCCCGACAACGAGGGACAGAGCCC